AUGUUCACGCCACCGCCGUCGCCCGAGCCCCGCCGCGUGCAACACCCCGCACCUGCGGCAGAGUCAGCCUCCAAGCCCCUGCGCGCACUUGAUGUCACGGACGACCCAUUCCUGCGCCCGCACUGCUCCCGCACAGGCAGCUCCUCGCCCGAGCGCCCGCCUCACGACGUAAACGACACCCCGCUCUCGCCAAAGGAGGACCCCUACACGUACGCGCUGCUGCACAAGAAGCGUACCGGGCGGAGGACAAAAUGGGCGGUCGUCCUCAUUCCCCUCGUAUUGGUACUCAUAGGUCUGUCCACGCGGUACCUCACCCACCCCGCGAUCUUCGACGCGCUCCGGCCGCGGUCAAACUGGCAAAGUCUGGCUGAGUCGGGGAAGUCCUGGCAGCCACACAAACGGCACCCACAGCCAGUGGACGCGGCGACGACUAUCGACGUUACUGCCUCUACGGCGUCAUUUUCGACCUUGUCAGCGUUGCCCUCGGCGUCCGCGGCCCCUACUGGUACGAGCUCGAGCAGCACGCAGGUGCCCUCGACGGCGCCUCAGCUGCCCGCGCCGUUCCCACAGCCAUUUGACGACUCGCUGUCGACGAACUUUACGACGGUGGGGUGCCAGACGUUCUUCACGAACAUGACGCAAGGGCUGCCGUUCCGCACGUGCCGCCCGUUCUCGCUGCUCGUCUCGGAUUCGAAUGCGUUUAUCACAAGCCAGCGGAACAUCUCCCUUCUGAACACCAUUAUAUGGGGCACGUGCAACACCGAUCCCAGCGCAGACCAGUGCGUAGCGAACAUGGGCUGGUUCGCGAACAACAUACAAACGCAAUGUAAGGGCGACAUCUCCGCGAACAACCCGAUCGUGCAGGACGCCGUCGCCGGCCUCGAGGCGUACGCAGUCAUGCGCGCGGCGGCGUGCCAGAUCAACACUGCGACGAACACGUACUGCUAUGUUGACGCCGCACAGAGCACACACCCGUCAGACCUGUACCUCUACCAACUCGCGCUCGGGCUGCGCCUCCCGAACACGACCGUGCCAAGCUGCACAUCCUGUGUGCAGACGGUGAUGCGCACGUUCGCCGCGGACGGCGCGAACCUCACCGCGCUGCAGAAGACGUACCCCGCCGCGGCGCAGACGGUGAACAGCGCGUGCGGCGCGCAGUUCGUCGCCAACCUCGCGCAGGCGGACACGAGCGGCGCGCGGGCGGGCGCGACGCGGAUGGCGUCUGCCAUGGCGGCGGGCGGCGCGGCGCUGCUGCUGGGCGCGCUGUUGGCGCUGUAG